CGGUGUAAAAUGCUAACACGGUAAUCUAGGCACAUAAUGCCAGGCGGUUUAGCCGAUUGUUAAAGGUAGUGUUUUAGAAAUAUUCGAUUAUUAAUAACACGUGUAUUUAUACACAAACCGUAGAAACUCAAUGUUGAUUAGUUUUGCAGCCGAGUCUUUGUAGUGAGUUAUAAUCGUUUCUUAAACAAAAUUGCUGUCUGUAGCUUCAUUCACGUGCGCAUCAGAUUACUGCAAAUACAAGUUCUCUAAAUCUAAGAGAACUAAGUUUUUUCGAGUCCUAAUUACACAUAGAUUUAAGAGGCAAAUUGCUUCCCGAAUUGCACACUUGUUGCACACUCUGACAUGUAAUACAUGUUAUGUGGGUAACUAACUUGAAUAUUGCACAUGGUGCCCAUUUUUAAGAACAUACUUUGAGAAAUUAUUUUAAUGUUGGAAUAAUGUCUCAGCCUGCAUUAUUACUGCUACAGCAAGAACUCAGAAAAUGUUUUCAGAGUUUGGAGACGAAUCGAAACACUUGGAGAACUGUUCUUGAGGAUUGUACUCUUUUGAUGGGUUCUUUGGGGAACCUGGUGGAACAGAUGAGGGCGCUGAAGAAUGUAGCGCUGAAUAACACUCCACUGUCUUCAUUUCCACAACUACAAGAGCGCCUCCAGCUUAAACUGCUACAUGCUAUAGACACUGUCCUGGGUCAAUUAAGUGAGAAAAUGUAUGCUCUUUGCUCAGUACGGGAUUCACUCCAUAAGCAGCUUCCUGCUGCUUUCCAACUUUAUGAGCAAAACUCUUUUCCUAUUCACUUAUGUGUGACCAGAUCUGCUCUUUCACCAUCUAUUGCUGACAUGUUGGAAUGGUUGCAGGAUGCAGAACGUUUCUAUCGAUUACAAUACCUUCAGAGAAAGAACCUGUUGGAGACACUGAAGCCUGAUGAUCUCACACUUAUAGAGACAGCGCCAAAGAGAUGGGCAUCUUUAGACUCACCUGAUGGAGAGGAAAGAAUUUCAGAUGCACUGUCACAGGUGUCCUUCUUCUUGGAAUCUGACUAAGCAGUUGAAUUCUGCUAAUGUUGCAGCAUUUACUUACAAGUUUUUGACUUCACUUUGACGGCACGGUGGCUCAGUGGGUAGCACUGUCGCCUCACAGCAAGAAGGUCCUGGGUUCGAUUGCCAGGUGGAGCGGUCCGGGUCCUUUCUGUGUGGAGUUUGCAUGUUCUCCCCAUGUAUAUGUGGGUUUCCUCCCACAGUCCAAAGACAUGCAAGUGAGGUGAAUUCAAGCUACAAAAUUGUCCAUGACUGUCCAAAACUUGAAUUGAUGAAUCUUGUGUAACCUGUAACUAUCUGUCCUGUCAUGAAUGUAACCAAGUGUGUAAAAUAUGACAAUAAAAUCCUAAUAAAAUAAAUAAAAUUUAGCGUGUAAAAGAAAAUUCUCAGUAUCUUUAAAGAAUGCUUAUUUUUCAGACCUAAAACAGAAGAGGUUUCUUACAAAUGUUAACUAUUUUUGUCAAGGAUUUUUGUAGUUCUUCUGAAAAUAUAUUUCUGUUGCAUAAUUACUGCAGAUAACUAAUAAACCUUUUUUUUUAUCACA